AUGACUACUCACGAGGUCGUACUCCACCCUUCCUCGGUUGUCGAGGAACUCAAGAAGAACAACAUCAGCCACGUGGUCUGGCUGCCUGACAGCGAGACCAAUUUCAUGUACCAGCUGCUCACCAACGAGCCGUCGCUGGACUUGGUCCCGGUCUGCCGGGAAGGUGAGACGAUGGCCAUUGCAGCCGGCCUGUGGGUCGGCGGCAAGCGCCCCAUCGUCCUGAUCCAGAACACCGGCAUUUUCGAGUCGGGAGACUCGAUCAGGGGACUGGGACUGGACGUGAAUCAACCGCUGGUAAUGCUGGUCGGCUACCGCGGCUGGAGCCGCCACGGCAUCACCACCGACUCGGCGGCCCGAUUCAUCGAGCACAUACUCCACGCCUGGGGCAUCAAUUACUACCUGAUUGAGACUGACGAGGAUGCCGAUCGCAUCAGCGUCGCCAUUGCGGAAGCAGAACGCACCCAGAGACCGGUGGCAGUGCUCGUGGGCACCGAAUUCGGUUCUUAG